GCGGCUGCAGCGGCGGCGGCCGGGGAGGGGGCGCGCAGCCCGAGCCCCGCCGCCGUGUCGCUCGGCCUGGGCGUGGCCGUGGUGUCGAGCCUGGUGAACGGGUCCACGUUCGUGCUUCAGAAGAAGGGCAUCGUGCGCGCCAAGCGGCGAGUGCCCCUCCUCUGCCCCCACCCCAGUGGAAGUUUUGACACAAAUUCCAGGCAGAAUACCAUCUCAUCUAUGUAUUUCAGUACCUCCUAUUUAACAGACAUUGUGUGGUGGGCAGGAACCAUUGCAAUGGCUGUUGGCCAGAUUGGAAACUUCCUGGCUUACACGGCGGUCCCCACAGUCCUGGUGACUCCUCUUGGUGCCCUUGGAGUGCCAUUUGGGUCCAUUUUAGCUUCUUACCUUCUGAAAGAGAAGCUCAACAUCUUGGGCAAGUUGGGGUGUCUACUAAGCUGUGCGGGUUCUGUCGUGCUGAUUAUCCACUCCCCGAAAUCUGAGAGUGUGACCACUCAGGCCGAGCUGGAGGAGAAGCUGACCAACCCAGCGUUUGUAGGCUACCUGUGCGUCGUGCUGCUCAUGCUGCUGCUGCUCAUCUUCUGGAUCGCGCCGGCCCACGGGCCCACCAACAUCAUGGUCUACAUCAGCAUCUGCUCCUUGCUGGGGAGCUUCACCGUGCCUUCCACUAAGGGCAUUGGGCUGGCAGCCCAAGACAUCCUCCACAACAACCCGUCUAGUCGGCGCGCCCUCUGCCUGUGCCUGGUGCUCCUGGCCGUGCUUGGCUGCAGCAUCAUCGUCCAGUUCAGGUACAUCAACAAGGCCCUCGAGUGCUUCGACUCCUCUGUGUUUGGGGCCAUCUACUACGUUGUGUUCACCACUUUGGUCUUGCUGGCCUCGGCCAUCCUCUUCCGGGAGUGGAGCAACGUGGGUCUGGUGGACUUCCUGGGCAUGGCCUGCGGGUUCACCACUGUCUCCGUUGGGAUCGUCCUCAUACAGGUGUUCAAAGAGUUCAACUUCAACCUCGGGGAGAUGAACAAAUCUAAUAUGAAAACAGACUAGGAUGUAACAGGGGGUCGGAUGGCUUGAGGAACAGGAAAUGGAUGUGGCUUCUGGUCCUGAUUUGUUGUGAAGUAGAAGAGACCGUAAAUCGUUGGUGUUGGAGUUGCCUGUAUAUUAAUGGAUGGGCUGGUGGAGAGUGAGGAUGCGUUGCUCAGCACUGGGGUGGGGGCCCAGCCUUCUGUAUUCUGAAGUUGCUCAGUGGUUGCCUGGGUGUCAUCUCUCUCUGAUGAGAGGAAUCUUAUGUUCAUUGCCAUUAACCUGGAAGCUUUCGUGAAUACUCUUUGCUUUUAAAACACUUCAUCAUUAUUUAAAUAGAAUGGGCCUUUUCUGAUUAGUCUUUGCAGAGGAACAGAUAUUCUUACUUAGAAGCUUACUUUGGAAAUGGGAGAAAUUGUCUUGAAGUCUGACUCUACCGUAAAUGUGUCUGUAGUUUUGUUAUUUUGCAUUCAGCAUGUAUAACAUUCAGGUUUCGGAUCCAAAUCAGAGGUAUAUGCAUUUAAUUGGUUUUAAUCCUCUGAUGUGUUGACUCUCCUACCCCCAACUCCUAGAUAUUUAAUUGCAAACAGAGAGAUAAGAGUGAAUGGAAAUGAUAUACUGUUCCAUUUGCAGGAUGAUUUUCAAUAGCUCAAAUCAAUUUCAGUGCCUUUAUUACUUGAACGAUUCACUUAAUUUGACUAUUACUGUAUGUAUGUUCUCUUAGAUUAGAAUAAUGCAGCCUCCUUGAUUAUACUUUAAUAUUUCACUCUUCAAAAUAUAAAUGUUCAAAGCAGUUAGAAAUUAUAGUAUAUUCAUUCACUGGAAGAGAGUCAAGACUAAGGGCACAUUGGAGUAAAUCAACCCUUUCAGCAUGUAGUUAUAGUCCAAUUAAAGACAAUUGACUUAAGUAGCAUGAGGUAUUUUAUUUGCAUUCAGUCUAAUGUAACUGGGAUCCAGUAUUAAAUAUAUCCAUAUUCUCUUUCGGCAAGCAUUGUGGCCAUUAAGAAGAAAUAAAUUAUUUAACUUGAUAAUAAGGCUGUUAAAUGAGAGAGUAACUGUUCAAUAGCACAUAUGAGUUCCCUGUAAUUCAGGAACAAGUUAAAGGACACAAUUAAGCUUAGGCUAUAUUCUACAAACUGGAACACACAUAAUUUUCAAAAGAAUUUCUAGCAAAAAUGAAAACAAUUUUUAGCCAUCUCCCUGUUGUUUGAGAUGGCAGAGCAACCUACGAUUCCUCACCCAAACUUCUGAAAUGCAAAAUAGCCAUUAAUUAUUCCAGUAUUUGGAUCAAAGAGGUCAUUUGGUUAUCUAUAGUAACCUUACAUAUGUAUUAAGUGGGAACAAAGCACAGAGUGAUGCAGAUAUUCAUCAAGAUAUCACGUACUUCAUUUGCAGUGGUUCUCCCACCCCUGCACCAUGCGGCAUGACGGAUCUUAGUUCCCUGACCAGGGAUCGAACCAGUGCCCGCUGCAGUGGAAGCUUGGAGU